AUGUCUUAUUUCCUUCCGCACCUUCCCUCCGGCUGGCAUGUCGAUGAGGCCAUCAAAUCUGAGGAAGAUCGUGUCGUGGUGACCCGGUUUGGCCACGACUGGGACAGCCAAUGUAUGACCAUGGACGAAACGUUGUACUCGGUCGCUGAGAAAGUGCAGAACUUUGCGGUGAUAUACCUUGUCGAUAUUACUGAUGUUCCAGACUUCAACAAGAUGUACGAGCUGUAUGAUCCAUGCACUGUGAUGUUCUUCUAUCGAAACAAGCACAUCAUGAUUGAUUUAGGCACUGGUAACAAUAAUAAAAUAAACUGGGCUAUGGAUAAUAAGCAAGAGUUGAUUGAUAUAAUAGAAACUGUGUAUCGGGGCGCUUCAAAAGGUCGUGGUCUCGUUGUGUCUCCUAAGGACUACUCCACUCGCUACAGGUAUUAG